AUGAAAUCACAUCUUCAAAGGCUCUCUAGAUUUGCAAAUUCUUCAUCAUCAUCACUCGCUCGUCGUCCUUUAUUAUUAUUUUCAAAUGAUGUUUUUCAUUUCAGUAGCUUCUCGGCAACAGCAUCUUCUUCAUUCGGCCGUUUAACUCUCAUCUCCUCAUCAUUGGAAAAUAGAAGAGAGUUUCAUACCAAUCCAAUUUCUAAUUCCGAAGUCAAAAGAACAGAGCAAGAUUUAGCACAAAUAUUGCACAAACAUUUCGGUGAGGAGGGUUCCGAUAACGACUCCACUGUAAUUAAAGUAAAUGAUAUUUCCGGAGGAUGUGGAGCAAUGUUUGAUAUCUUGGUCGUUUCUAAGAAAUUUGAAGGAGUUUCAUUAGUAAAACAACACAAAAUGGUGAUGGAGGUGUUGAAAAGAGAUAUCCAAAACAUGCACGGAUUGACCAUCAAUACCAAAACACCUGCUCAAUACAGUAAAAUUGUUCAAUCUAGAUUUUAG